CGAAGGACGCGAGAGCUGCCCACUGCCUGCCCGUCAUACUCCUCCUCAUCCUUCUUCUCCUCGAGGUCCCAGCCGGCACCUACAACCUAUUUUUCGCAGUUAUUUUCUUUUCGCGUUGUUACCAUGGAAACCCAAACCACCACCAUCACCACCACGCAACAGAACGGCUGCCCGUUCGGACUUACCGAGAGGCGCGCGACCCUCACCCUGCACGCCCCGGCCCAGGACUGCCCGGAGGUGCCCCUCCUCGUGCACCCGGGACUCACCGCGGCCGCCACCGCCGCGUCCUUCCAAAGCAAGAGCAAAGUGCUGAAAAGACAGCGCUCGAGCUCACCGGAGCUCCUCCGUUGCAAGCGGCGGCUGAGCUUCAACGGCCUGGGCUACUCCAUGCCCCCUCAGCAGCCCCCCGUGGCGGUGGCGCGGCGCAACGAGCGCGAGCGGAACCGCGUGAAGCAGGUCAACAUGGGCUUCCAGACGCUGAGGCAGCACGUGCCCAACGGGGCCGCCAACAAGAAGAUGAGCAAGGUGGAGACGCUGCGCUCCGCGGUGGAGUACAUCCGCGCGCUGCAGCAGCUUCUGGACGAGCACGACGCUGUGUCCGCCGCGUUCCAGUGCGGCCUGCCAUCCCCGGCCAUCUCCAACAGCUACUCCGCCGAGCCCGAGUCGCCCCGCUCCUCCGCCUACUCCUCCGACGAGGUGGAGCCGCUGAGCUCCGAGGAGCAGGAGCUCUUGGACUUUACGACGUGGUUCGACCGCUACUGA